AUGAAUAAGUAUGAAGUUAAAGGAGUAGUAGGAGAGGGAGCUUAUGGAAUCGUGCUAAAAUGCGAAAAUAAAGAAAAUAAUCAGAUUGGUUGACAGUUAUUUAUAUCAUUAGUGGCAAUUAAGAAGUUCAAAGAGACAGAGGAUAAUGAGAUUGUUAAAAAAAGUAUUUAGAGGGAAGUCAAGAUGUUGAGACUAUUGAAACACCCCAAUAUUAUUGAUUUAUUCGAAGCAUUCAAGAGGUAAUUAUCUGAAUGAUGUAAAAGAAAAGGGAGAAUCUAUCUAGUUUUCGAGUAUGUGGAGAAGAAUUUACUCGAAGUGUUACAAGCCUCGCCUAAUGGUUUAGAUGUAUUACAUUUAAUAUUGUAAGUAAGGAUUCCUUAAGAAAAUUGCAUUUUAAUUAUUAAAAGCUAUAGAGUUUAUUCAUUAUCAUGAUAUUGUUCAUCGAGAUAUCAAACCUGAAAAUAUUCUAAUUGAUAAUGAAAACAAUUUAAAACUUAUUGAUUUUGGAUUUGCCAGAGUAAAGCUUUUGAUUAAUUUUUGUAGAGUCUCAAUUUACCAGACACUUUAACAGAUUAUGUUGCAACAAGAUGGUAUAGAUCUCCUGAACUUCUAUUGAAUUAUCAGACUUAUGGAAAAGGAGUAGAUUUAUGGGCCAUAGGUUGUUUACUAUGUGAACUCACUGAUGGAGAACCUAUGUUUCCAGGAGAGAAUGAAACUGAUCAAUUAUAUUUGAUCUAAAAAACACUUGGUCCUCUAACACAUGAGCAAAUGGAAGUAUUUCAAAAGAAUCAAAGAUUUCUUGGAAUGAAAUUCCCUGAAAUUGGAAAGCCUGAGACUAUAGAGAGAAGGUAUUUAUAAACUAAUAAUAAUAAACAUAGAUAUCUUGGUAAAUUACCUUAGAAGGCUAUAGGAUUAGUGAAAGGACUGUUGAGGAUGGAUCCUAAAGAGCGUUUCACUUGUUUGGACGCAUUAAAGCAUCCUUACUUUGCUGACUAUCCAGAAGCACAGGAAUAUGUUAAAUAAAUAGAGAGCAGAUAGAAUCAUGUCUAAAAUGAUGUUAAUUAAAAAAGAGAUUCUCUUAUGAGUUAAUAGAAAUAACAAAAUCAGAUUGGACACACAAAUCAAAUCAGAACUAAAGUAUUAAUUUCCUAAUUGUAGAACAUUAAACCAGUUCCUAAUUUUUUGAGUAGCCAUGUUUUAAUGUAGAGUACUGCGUAUAAUUAUAAGAUAUCUGAUUAACAUACGGCUGAGAGGGAGUUGCCAAAUAUGAAGAAGACUACCUCAGUUGAUAAAUUGCCAUAAACAUAAUAUAAUGGAUUUAGUAUUGGGAAUGGUUUCUCAUUUGCGCCCUCCAAAAACUAAUAAUUAAAAGCAACUCAACCCAUAAAACAAUCUUAACCCUAAAUUAAGAUAUAAAAUUUGAACAUUAUUUAUAAUGCCAAUACUUACAAUUACUAAUUAUAACAACAGUAACUAUAAUAAUAAUAGCCUCAAUAACAAUAAAGAAAAAUAAUAAAGAAAAAAAGUUGA